AUGGCUCAGUCUGAUCUUACGGACUUGCAGCUGUAUAAGCAAGGGGCCGAGGGACGACUUUUCACGGGCGAGUAUUUGGGACAGAAGGUGCUGGUGAAGCAGCGUUUUCCAAAAAAGUAUCGGCAUCCCCAGUUAGAUGCCCAAUUGAGUGCCCAACGGUUUAGAGGUGAAGUGCGAUCCUUGAUUCGAUGCCAAUCUUUGGGUAUUCGUACACCCACGAUUCUUUUGGCGGACUUGGAUCAAAACAUCAUUGUGAUGGAAUUCUUGGCACGCGCUCAAACGUGCCGGUAUUUUAUUCAGACGCUAUUGGCUGAGGAUGGAUCUGAACCCAGACUUCUGGCCUUGGCUCAAGUCAUUGGGAAAGUUUUGGCGCUCAUCCAUUCCAAUCAUAUCAUCCACGGAGAUCUGACGACAUCGAAUAUAUUGGUGGCAAAUCCGGGAGCGCCCGAUUGUGAACUUGAAUUGGUUCUGAUUGAUUUCGGGCUCGGAUUUGCGGAAGGCUCGGCUGAGGAUAAAGGGGUGGAUUUGUAUGUUUUGGAGAGGGCGUUUCUAUCUACACACCCGAAUACGGAGGCAAUCUUUGAUGCCAUCAUGAAGGCCUACAAAAGCGACGUGCCUCAGAAAGACUGCUCAGAGAUUCUUAAGAAGUAUGAAGAGAUCCGACUACGUGGGAGGAAACGGACUAUGUUGGGUUAAAUCGCUCAAUAAAUGUCUUAAUAGACCAUUUCCUCUCUGACCAUGUUCCUUAUUAUUCUUUUCAAUAAAGUUAGCACUCCUCCUCA